CUGGUUUCGGACGGUGCUGUUAUUGUUCGGUUUGAAUAGUUUGCGGGCGGUCGGUGCUUUUGUUUUUGUUUUUAUUUUUAUUUUGGAGGGCUAGUAAGCUACCACUCUUUGGCUAAUUCCACCUCAAAUACCACCCCCUGCAUGCCCGGACCGAGGUUCAUUUUAAUAACGGAGCGGUGUUUUUUAUGUAGUGGUAGGCUAACAAGUUAAGGUCCCAAAUAAGCCGAUGGAUGCGCGGGUAUCGGAGUUAUUUGACUCAGGAAAUGGAUCUCACGGCGGUGCGUCCAACGUCAAGCAAGGAAAUGACUACGGCGUGGCACACAAAAAAGCUUGCGUAAAGAACAAAAAGAUAUCCAAGGCUCGAUUCUCACGCAACUUCAAACCCAACAAUAACGCCCCAUAUCUACCUCCGGAGGCUGAAGAGGGAAACAUAGAGUACAAGCUGAAGCUGGUGAACCCCACGCAGUACCGCUUAGAGCACCUGGCUACACAAAUGAAAUGGCGGCUGCAGGAGGGUCGAGGAGAAGCUGUCUAUCAAAUCGGCGUUGAGGAUAAUGGAAUGCUGGCGGGGCUUUCAGAGGAGGACUUGAGGACAUCACUGAUGACGCUGCAUAAGCUGGCAGAGAAGGUUGGCGCCGACAUCACUAUUCUCCGAGAACAAGCGGUGGACUAUGACUCCGAUGUGCCUCGAAAGAUUGCUGAAGUUCUCAUUCGUAAAGUACCGGAUGAUCAGCAGUUCUUGGACUUGCGAGUAGCUGUACUGGGUAAUGUGGACUCGGGCAAGUCCACUCUGUUGGGGGUUUUGACGCAGGGCGAGCUGGACAAUGGACGAGGGAGAACGAGACUAAACCUCUUCAGACAUCUACAUGAGAUUCAGACUGGACGCACUUCAAGCAUUAGCUUUGAGAUCCUUGGCUUUAAUAGUAAAGGAGAGGUUGUGAAUUACAGCGAGUCUCGGACAGCAGAGGAGAUUUGUGAAAGUGCCUCUAAAAUGAUCACAUUCAUUGAUCUGGCCGGUCACCACAAGUACCUUAAGACCACCAUCUUCGGCCUCACCAGCUACUGCCCGGAUUUCGCUAUGCUGGUCGUCAGCGCAAAUACCGGCAUUGCUGGAACGACACGGGAGCAUCUCGGACUCGCCAUGGCCCUGAAGGUGCCCAUUUUCAUCGUCAUCAGCAAGGUGGACCUCUGCACGCGCGCCACAGUGGAGCGCACUGUGCGGCAGCUGGAGCGUGUCCUGAAGCAGCCGGGCUGUAACAAGGUGCCAAUGGUUGUUAGCAGCACGGACGAUGCCGUCACAGCAGCACAGCAGUUUGCACAGUCACCAAGCAUCACGCCAAUCUUCACCUUGUCCAGUGUGUCCGGCGAGAGUCUUGACUUGCUCAAGGUCUUCUUCAACAUCAUCCCUCCCCUCAGCAACAGCAAAGAGCAGGAGGAGCUGAUGCAACAGCUAACUGAGUUUCAGGUGGACGAGAUCUACACGGUGCCAGAGGUGGGGACUGUGGUGGGAGGCACUCUGUACAGUGGUAUUUGCCGUGAAGGGGAUCAUCUUGUCGUGGGGCCAACAGACUCAGGCCAAUUCAAUAUUUUGACCAUCGGGAGCAUCCAAAGGAACCGCUCGGGGUGCAGGGUACUCCGGGCCGGCCAGGCCGCCACCUUGGCCCUGGGAAGCUUUGAUCGCUCCCUACUACGCAAGGGCAUGGUGAUGGUGAGUCCAGAGAUGGAUCCCACCAUCUGCUGGAUGUUUGAGGCUGAGAUUGUGCUGCUCUUCCAUGCUAAGACCUUCCACAAGGGCUUCCAGGUUACUGUGCACAUUGGCAAUGUGAGACAGACCGCCACAGUGGAAGCUGUAUACGGCAAGGAGGAGCUGAGGACGGGGGAGAAAGCAGUGGUUCUCUUCAAGUUCAUCAAGCACCCAGAAUACCUGAAGGUGGGCGCUAAGGUGCUCUUCAGAGAGGGCGUUACCAAAGGUAUCGGCCACGUCACCAAGUUGCAGCCCAAAGCCCACUACCGGCUAUCCCAAAGCGAGGAUGACGAGGCCUGAAGUGUCUUGGAGAAGGCCCAAAACGCCGUGCCGUCCCCAAAUACCUGGUGCUUUAUAAACAUAUACCGCUUGCUCCGAAGGUCCUGCUCCCUGCACAGUGAAUUCUUGUCACAGAAGAACGUUGUUUCAUGCACCGUUUUCUCCAGCCUUUGUUGUCAGCAUCCUCCUCCUCGUUUUACCCUCCAGCCACCUCUGUAACACAUUCCCCCAGCAACACGAAGAAGUGAUAGAUCGAGUGUCAACAACACACACACAAACACAAAACUAAGAAGUAGCUCGAUCGCCGCUACGUUGAAGUGCCGCUUCCCGUUCACACCUAAACGCACUCCUAACGCGCGCGCGCACUCGCACUGAAACACAACAACAUGCCAGUGUCGACGUACCCUCGGCAGACAAUCGUUUACAAACAGGUGCGCGCGCGCGGUCCUCGGACAUCACGUUGUGCCGCCAUCGUCUUUGGUUGCCGCAGCCCGCCGACCAGCCCAGUGCCUGACGGCUAAGUGUAAGCCUCGCUGUGUUUCAAAGCGCUACCCUGGUCCAAGUAACCACAAGUGAUGUGAGGUAAUGGUGAAUCUCCUCGUUUCAGGUCAUUUUAAAGCUCACCGGCGCAGUCAGUGAACGAGGAGGGUACUGGAACUAGACCCAGUUUGUCCGUCGGCCUGUCAGGAUGACUCAAAUUGCGGAAACGGGCUAAGUGGUUUCGUUGUGUCACAAAUGCCAGUCAGAAUAAUGUUUUCUUUAAUUGUUUUUUUUUUAAAUAACAAAUAAUGCCUCCCAAUAAUGCAGUGAGAUGGUAAUGCUCUUGCCGCCAGUGUCUUCAAGUGCUUUAGUUACUCAGGUCAGUUUAGAAAGCGUGACAGACUAAUACGUAUGGGGGGGGGGGGGCGGAGGGGACUGUGUUUCUCCCAAAGAGAUGUUUAAACCCGGCUCAUAUAGCAUGGGAAGCUGCUUACUGAUGCAGCUUUCUCUUAUGUUUGUCGCCUCUUUGUUCCAGUUACUGAUGUCAGUAAGUUUGAGGAGGUUUUACUCAGUGCCUAAACUACUGUUUGAGUACCAUUACACCCCAGAGUUGUACGACUUACUACACAAACAGUGCUGGGUGCUUUUCCUCAAAAACAGCUUUUGAUAUUUAGAGGACAAGUUUGAAAUGAAUGUUAAUUGCUACUUCUGUGUUCUUGUCUUAUUAUAGCCUGUGGUUCCACUAACAGCAGUGAGGACAGUGUGGGGCAUGUUUUGUUGCACCAGUGUUGUUGUUACGCACAUUUUGUGUGCACUCAAGAGGGAAAAAAAGAGAACACAUGUACCAACCAAAAUGUAUAUAGCCUUUAUAAAAAUCAGGUUUGUUCCUUUGCAUCUGAGAAGUAUUUUAUAGAUCUUUUGUAGUUCCAGAUUUUACAAUGUAAUCAAAACGCUUUCAUGUUCUUAAUGACACAAACACGCUUUCACAUUUUUGAAAUCCCAUUUAAUACAGUUUCUGUUAGUGUAUUUUUUGUAUCUUUUAUGGGUGAACUGCAAUCUUUAUGUACAGAUCUAAUUUGUGUAUCAUGUUGUACAUGAAUUAAAGUUUUAUUGUCUCGUU